AUGGCAGAUGAUGGUAAGACAGGGUUCGCAAAAUUUGUGUACUACAUAAAGGUAUUUCAUGCGCUGGACUACAUUCUACUUGUGACAUUUGCACUGGCUGUUGUGUAUGGAAUGAGGACUGUCCGCCCACCUUGCCGAACAUUCUCAUGGAAUGACACGGACAUAAGUCAUAAGAAGGGGAAGUCCACAUUCCCCUCAGGAACACUGUUUUCCAUGGAAUUUAUACCUAUUGGACUUUAUCUGCUGUUCGAAGCCUUGCGUGCGCGUUUGGCUCGGAAGGGUGAGUGGUACUUGGAUGUGAAAGAAACUGAUCAACUCAUAGACGGAGCCACUACGCGGGUAGAGAUGUUGGAGCCAGAAGGGAAGAGGUCUGAAGGCGCAAAUGCUGCUAAGGCUGGAAGAUACCCCGACGAAUCGCCAGAAGGGAACAAAGAGAAUGAUCCAAAGAGACUUAUGACAUGUCUUGAAGCCACCAAUUACUGGGUUCUGGCGCACGGAUUUUCUAUUAUUUUGGCCGUUUGUUUGGUGGAAAUAUUGAAGGUUUAUGCUGGCCGACUCCGUCCUGAUUUUCUUGAUAGAUUGAAAAAGGCUAACGUUACGGAAGGAACAGAUCCAAAAGAUCUCUGUGACAUUGCAAAAGCAAGGGAUGGCAGGCUUUCAUUUCCUUCAGGGCACAGUAGUUGCGCUUUCUCCGUCUGCACACCGAUGGCCCUAUACUUCCUCUCGGUUUUACACGCGUUCAGUGGAGCAUCCGUGUGGCGAACACUCGUUGGCCUUUCUCCAAUUUACCUCGCAUGUGCUUGCGCCAUCUCACGAACACGUGACAACCGCCAUCACUUCGCUGAUAUAGUUGCUGGUAGCUUAAUUGGUAUGGGCACAGGACUUCUCGCUGUUGCUGUCUUUUUCCGUUUUGGUAAAGAGAUCGCAGUGCUUGUGCCCCGUCGCAUGGAGUUCGUGCGCAGCCGCGGUGGGCGGGUUCUCGCUGAUGUCGCUGAGUGA